AUAGUCUGAGGAGUAUGUGACAUGACAGUAGAGUUAAGUUGUAGUCCGUUACAAAAUGGAUCGUAUCGAGAAUAAUUUCUCUACUAUCGUAGCUUUUUCCUUAUUAACAGCCGUUGUUGGGUUUCAGGUUAUUGGUCUGGGACUUUACCAAGCAGGUGCCCUCCAUCUUAAGUCCACAAACACAAUCCUUAUCCAAGCCCUCUUGAAUAUGGCCCUMGGGUCAAUAUUGUGGUACAGCGUUGGGUAUUCGUUAGUAUUUGGUCCAUCACAGAAGGGAUUUAUAGGAAGUCCAGCAAUGGCGUUCUUCAUCGAUGUACCUGUCAACGACUCUACGCAUGCUCACAGUGUACCUAGUAUAUCGGUAGCAACAUUUGAGAUGUUGUUAGCUGUAUGUGCACCUUUUAUGGUUAUCGCUGCAUGGACGCAAUUUCUAAGUACAAUUGGAUCUAUAUGUCUGUUUGUCCUUUGGCCUAUUGUUGUUUAUUAUCCGCUGUCCCAUUGGAUAAGAGGAGGUGGAUGGCUGCAACAAUUGUCUAUUUUAGAUUACGCGGGAGGUCUAACUGUUCACRCUAGUUCCGGUAUUGCAGGUUUAGUUCUMACAAGAGUCCUUAGACCACACCUAACAGCUCAAAUAGGAACAAAGACAUCUCAUCACCAUGGAGACGUAAUUAAUCACGUCAUCUUCAUCAUUGGUGCCCUAGUAACCGCGUUUGGUUGGUUUGUGUUUAAUCUUGGUUCUGUGGGAAUGACAUCCAGCUACAGUUCUACAGGKCUAUCUGUGGUAAAUACAUAUCUCUCGUCCAGCGCGUCAUGCCUGUGUUAUGUUCUUGUGUUURCUCUUGGAUUUAAACAGUGUCUUUACUCGGAUUUAGUAACGGGGAUAAUUGCUGGUGCUGUAGGAGUCAGUGCRGCCCCAGUAUCAAUACAACCAUGGGCCGCUCUCGUCACAGGAAUACUGGUGGGUAUGACGUCAUCUCUGGCACAAUUUUGUGCGCGUAAAUACGUGCCUUURUGGACCAAUGGGAGCACGGUUGACUUGUCGUACACUCAUGGAAUCUCGGGAAUAAUUGGGUCUCUAGCAGCUGGUCUCUUUACCGACYCCUCCCUCGACAUACAUGGACACCGAGGAGGUUUUUAUUCCAACGGUAAACAGUUUGGCGUACAAGUACUUGGAGUAACAAUAGUUUUGGCUUGGUCAGCGGUAUUGACCUAUCUGAUCACAUGGUUUAUUCAYCUAACUGUGGGAUUUAACAUUACAAGAAUUACAGCUAAAAGUAUUGUAGGAGGUAGUCCAUCAAACAGACGACAUACUGACUACAGAUCUAAACUCCUUAAUGCUGCAAUUAAUGGACAAUUGAAAGAUUUACAGGAACUAGCAGCAAAACAUGUCAACUUCAACAUGAAAAACUUUGACUACCAAACCGCACUAUUACUUGCCUCAUCACAUGGCYAUAUYCARUGCGUGAAAUUCAUACUUCGUCAACCUACUGUUGAUAUACAUGCCAAAGACAGAUGGGGAUCCACUGCCCUUACUGAGGCUAUCAGAUACGGUCAUGAUCGAAUCGUACAAUGUUUGAUACGACAUGGAUGCAGCUGGACUCAAGAUGGAGCUGGCGAUAUACUCUGCACUGCUGUAGGUAGGAAUGAUAUGGAGGAAAUUGCCAGGCUUGUUGCACUGGGAAUGGAUGUCAAUGCAGCAAAUUCAAAUGGCAGUUACGCCAUUCACUUGGCAGCAAAACUAGGAAGUCGAGUACUGGUACAAUACUUGAUUGACCAACGAGCUGAUAUCAAYACUAUUGACUCAAGUGGAAAUACACCUUUAAAUUAUUCUGACAUGCACGAGCAAAGAGCUGUCAGUCAACUUCUAGAGGGACUGGGCGCAAGACGUGCGUCUCGCCAUUAUAGUAUUCAAGAAAUCUGUGAGGUUGCAACUACAGGAAAUCUACAAAUGCUACGCCAUAUGGUUCACAAUGGCGCUUSUGUGUGCUACAGAGAUGUCAAUCAUAGAACUCCACUACAUGUGAGUGCWUCAGAAGGACACCUUGAUGUUGUCAAGUUUUUGGUUUUACAACCAGGAAUUGAURUAAAUGCUGAGGACAAAAAUCAUUUUACAGCUCUUCUUGAUUCUAUMGUCAACAAUCAUCAUGAAGUUGUUGAGUUUCUCAAGUCUCAUGGGGCAACAGUAAAUGACUAUAGAUUAGCAUUAUUAAUGACAGAAAUGGCACGCACUGGUGAYAUCAAAAACCUAAAGCGUAUGUUAAGAUGGACGRGUCAUGUGGACAUGUUUGAUUUUGAUGGYAACACUGCCCUUCAUGUYGCKUCAAUAAAUGGUAGGGCUGAUGUUGUUGGAAUGCUGUURAAAGAAGGAGCAGAUGCUUGUUUGAUGAAUCGAUUCAAUGAGACUCCAUUAGAGCUUGCAUCCAGCUAUCAACAUGCCUUGGUGGAAAAAGAACUUAGAAAACAUCUAAAAGUAACUUCACAUUUACAAGACAAAGAAGAAAACGACRAUUCUUUAACAUCCUGCUAUCAGAGACAAASCAAGAUACCCAAACGAAACUACAAGACAAAACCAUCAACGUACCAUUAUCAACCAAGAGACUCAUGGUCUUCAACAGACAUAUCACUUGAACCAAGACAAAAACAAAACACAGAUCAACARCAAAAGACAAAAACCCUUGAUAAUCAUSAGAAAACCCCCAUUGCUCCUUCRUUCCUACAUGUSAUGCCAGUAUCACAACUAUCACCACAAACGAGAGAACUKACUGGUGGCAAACCAGAUUAUGUUUAGAGCACUAUUUAUUUAAAAAAUAAUUUAGAUA